UUAAGCAGCUUUCACUGUUCAUGUUCACUCAGGUGAAAACUGCUUGUGAAGACAGAUUGCUUCUGCUUUCUGGUCUUUCUUCUUGUCCUUUUGUGCCUGCUUUUCUUUGCACCGAGUUGAGAUGUGAUUGUAUGGCACUUAUAACAUUCCUUGCCAUAGCCGACUGGACACCUCUCUUUCCUCUUCUCAUGUUUGUGCCCACAACAUUGACACUGGAUUGUUGGCUGGGUUUCGUAUACUUGUUCACUGUAGACCUCUUGGCGUUGGUCUCCCCCUAGGACAUCUGCUAUAGGUGGCCUUAGAGAGUACAGGAGCCAGACAUGCUUUGACAGAUUUCUCCAAGUCCAACGAAGAUUCUCUCAGCAGCCUUUCUAGUAGUCUGUCAUCUCGAAUGCCGCAAACUAUCCUGUUCCAGAUUAAAGAAUCUCUCAAGCAGGGGCGGGCAGCGGAACCGUUUUAAAAGUUGGUUUAGCUAAGGGAACAACUCGCAAAAUCUUGGAAUCAGUAUCUACUGGAAUUUUUUUUCCUAUAUCGAAGAAAGCAUGGCUGUCAAAAAAGUUGCUGUGAUAGGGGCUGGAGUGAGCGGUUUGGUUUCGAUAAAAACGUGUCUUGAAGAGGGAUUCGAACCAAUGUGCUUCGAGAGAGAAGAGAGAGUUGGUGGCGUCUGGGUGUUCAGAGACGAAGUGAGGACCAGUCAUGACGAAAGUGCCCUCUAUCACGCCCUAGUAACCAACUCUAGCAAAGAAAUGAUGUGCUACAGUGACUACCCCUUUCCAAAGGACUGCCCACCGUAUAUCCCCGGUAAACGGUUAGGCAAGUACUACGAAGACUACGCCGAACACUUCGACCUCAUCAAGCACAUACGAUUUCACACCAAAGUUCUGAAGGUUGAAGAAGCCGAUGACUAUGAUACGACAGGAAGGUGGUCGGUCACCACCGAAGGACCUGGGGGAGAGAGUACUGAUAUAUUUGAUGCAGUCAUGGUGUGUACGGGUAUGUUUAGCCAGGCAAAGAUUCCAACUUACCCGGGUCAGGAUGAAUUCCAGGGAGAGAUCCUGCACAGUAAUGAUUACAGGAAAGCAGACAAUUACGCUGACAAGACUGUCCUUGUUGUUGGUGGCUCGCAUUCUGCCGGUGAUGUGGCUGUUGAUACAAGUCGAAAGUCAAAAAAGACCUACAUCAGCAUGCGUAACGGUACGUGGGUGAUCACACGAACAGGUCCCCUUGGUUGGCCAAGAGAUCUUUUUCUCAAUCGAAGGUUUAACUUUCUACUCCCUGAAUGGGUACGCCGCAGCAUAGUCGAGAAAGAUCUCUCCACACGACUCAACGUCGACAAUCUGGGUCUCAGGUCGACCCGGAAGCUCUUUUGCUCAGAGGUCAUGGUAAACGAUGACAUUGCUAACAGAAUCUUUUGUGGAGCAGUAUCAGCCAAACCCGGUAUCAAACAUUUUACCAAGAAUGGGGUCAUUUUCACGGACGGAACCAAGAUCGACAAUCUGGAUUCAGUCAUAUAUGCGACGGGUUACAACAUUAAGGUGCCUUUUGUUGGAACGCAUCUCAUUGCAGAUAAAAUCGAUGAGUUACAACUCUACCAGUACGUUUUCCCGCCAAAACAGAAGCAUCCGACAUUUGCUUGCGUUGGAUUCGUCAUGACCGUUGGUGCGCAUGCGCCAGUAUUUGAGAUGCAGGCUCGAUGGGCUACACAGAUCUUCCAAGGCAACGUAUCUCUACCUCCACUCAAUGUAAUGCUUAAAGAUAUUGAGAUGAAGAAGAAGUUCCUCUAUCAGAAGUUUGGAAAGCACAUUAUAUUUAUUCCUCCUAUUCCAUACCAAGACGUCCUAGCCGCUAAGAUCGGAGCGAAUCCAUCUUUCAAAUCGCUCUUCCUCAAAGACCCAAUACUCGCCCUCAAGUGUUUCUUCGGUCCCGCCGUACCAGCCAGCUACCGCCUACAGGGACCGCAUACGUGGAGCGGGGCAAGGGAUACCAUUAUGAACGUAUGGCAGAAUACCGUCUCCGGUACCAAGUUCAGGGACACGCCCAUCGGGAACGGCCCCGAAGGAUACCCGAUAGCGCUCAAGCUUAUCUUCGUGGUUUGCGUAGUAGCUGGGCUUUAUCUUUGCAUGGUGUAAAACCAAAACUGCGGUGUUAAAGCUGACACCAGUUGGUGUUAAUAGAGGACCACACCCUGAGGUGUUAAAAUGUCACCCUAGAGAUUGAGCAUAACACCAAAGAGUGUAAAUGUACCAACCAAAGGUGUUAAUAAUACCUAUAGGUGUAAAAAUAACACCACCAAUUUAACACUGGUGUAAAAUAACUGGUGUGGUCCUCUAUGUACACCGGUCAACACUACGUUUUUUGCUGUGUACGUUUUUCAUCAAUUAUGAAUAGUAGUCACAUCAUGUCACGUCUUCCAAAGAAUUGUGAUUGAUCCAAUUAACCUCGACUAUUUGGACAUCCAUCAUUGUCAGAAUUCUUCAACCUUGCGCAAGGAAUCUUUUCAAAACAAAGAGGAGCACAAUGAAAUGUCCAAACCAAUGUCGCAUAUGAAAAUCAUGUAUAUACACCUAUAUCGGAUCAAUCGUAACUCUUUGUAAGACAGCGUCCAGGUAUAAUGUAACGUCUAAAUUUUUUAACCAUUCAAUUAGUGGGACUUACGACUUCAAGAAGGAUAUAUAUAUAUAUAUAUAAUAUUGUUUCACCAUCAUCUUAUAUUAAAGGCAAAAGUGAAUCAUGAACACUAUCAAACAUCGCUUAGAUUACUAUAUUCUUAUAUUAACUUGUCAUUAUUUAUUUGAAAAAGUAUAUGUUUACUUGAAUGAAUGAUGUAUUUGCAGGAGAUCAUGCAAAUCUGUGCAAACAAUCGACUAUAAUUAUCAUAAAUGAUGAUUAUACAAACUGAAAAACGCAUAAGCUAUCAUCGGAUCUAAAAGAAUAAUAAAUUAAAUAUGCAAAGUUAAUUUAAGAGACCAAAAUCUAACCAAAUUAUAAUUCGAAAUGACACUGGCCUGUAUUAUUCUGAAAAGCCCAGUUUAACAUAGGCCAUGGUCUAACUCUCUGCUAAAAUUAUGAGAAGCCAAAUAUGUCAACAUGUUAAUAAUUAUUCACAGGCAGUUCUGAAUUAUGUGAAUGUUAAAGGAACCGAUUGAUUGAACCUGUAGAUUUACGUCACAAUUUGGUAUCGAUAGAUUAGCCCCAACUUUAGU